AAAGUUUUUCGAGUUUUUGACGGGGAAAACUUUGUCUAAAAUAUCUCGCGACCACAUAUUCGUGAUCAGCGUUGAAAACUGCAUCGAAUGAGGUAUAAAUGAGGCAAAUCUAAAAUCUGCUCCAAUUCUACCUUAGCGGCAUCUUAGCUUUGAGCUGACAAUGAACAUUCAGGACUUUUCUUGUAAAUUCUAUAACUUUGCAAAGAAAGAUCGUGUAGAGCUGGGGAAUGUCUCAUUUUAAUCAGAAAUUUGCGGGCUACAAUCGUAACUGAUUAAGAAAACGUUUCAGUUGCUUUUAGAGUUUCUGAAAAACUGGUUUUCCAGAAAACCGGGUCUUCAAGAGCCCUCCGCAGAAACCCAUUUAGGGUUUUUGUCAGCUCGAUGCCCUCUAUCAAAUGAGGUAUGAACUAAGGAAAACGGAGGGUAUCACCUGGGGAGGUUCCUUCAUUAGAAAUUAUUCACGACCGAUGUUCAUAUGCUUGCGAAGAACACGUCAAUAUUCUACUAUUGUCAAUGAUUCCAUGAUAAAAUCAUUAUUAAAGCAGAUAAAAAUAUAUUCACAACAACGAUCAAUAUUUUUAACCCUCUAUCUUCGUUUACCAGCUGAAGGAAGAAUGGGUUAUCCAUCCGAAAAGUAUGAGCCAAAUACAAUAACUGCAGUAGAUAAAGAAGAGGACAAAAACAUCAAACCAUUAAUUAGUGGUUUAUAUAAUGAUGGAUUUCAGUUGAACAACGAAAUGCGAAUUGUCGGUGCAGUGUUUGCUUUUCCCAGACAAUUUAUUUGUUGGAAUACUCAAGCUGUUGAAACAUACAAUUUUUUAUUAAGUGAUGAACGUUUGGUAUAUGGUGCAUUUUUUCCUGAAAAGAUAUUAAAGAUUCAACUUAUGGAUUACGCCGAGCAAUAG